AUGUCUUCUUCGACCAGCAAUACCACCUGCGGCAUCAAGAUCGAGUUCAUCGUGGCCGUUUUCGAGUGCCCAAAUGUGUCGAUCUCUCAAGAGGAGCUUGCGGCCGCGACCAAGGAUCACCCAGAUGCCUGUCUUUCUGCAGUUGCGGUAAGUUCUCCUGGCCGCUACUGUAAGAUCCAGCACUCUGAGGUCUUCGACCAAGCGGGCAAAGAGAGUGGUCAUCGCUCCUGGCUCCUCCCAGAGACCGAGAUCUCGUACGUCCUGUGGUUGCUGAAUUCCAUCAACAUCGGCGACAACAAGAAUGGACUGCUCGCCAUCUACACCAACGCCAACUGCACUCUUCAGGUCCACAUCGGGGCUCAUCUCCCAACGCGUGGUAUCUCACGGGACCAGACGAAGCGCAUCCUCCAGCUCUACGCUUUGUUUGAACGCGCCCUCGACACCGUGCAGAGUGACCAGCGAAUCCGCUAUGGUCCAAUGGACACACUUGGCUGGAUCAACCAAUUGAUGGGCGCCAACGUCCCGUGGCAAGUAUUGGAUCAGUGGUAUAUGAGCUUCCCCAUCACGCAGUCCCACAUCGACCUGAGCAAGUUGACUGUCUCCAGGAAGUCGAUGCGCAUCAACGAUGGGCUUGUGGUGGCCAAUCGAACCAUCGAGUUCCGGCAGCACGCGUCGACGCUGGAUAUCGAUGAGAUCCUGGGGUGGGCCAAUGUCUGCGAGGCCAUCGUUGACUACGCCUGUGCCGCUCAACCAUGGCUGCUUCAACAAUAUGCCUACAACAAGUGGUUUGAUCUCGAGUACUCAUUGCCACAGGUUCUCGCAGACGUUGGCGCGACGCAAGAGACCGUCGAGCACUACGAGCGAGUCUUGAGUGCCGACGACAGCUACGAGCGUGAUGUCUACAGCGACAGCGUUCAAGCAAUCUCUAAUCAUCCGAUGUCCGAGCUUCUGCAGCAUGUUGCUGCUCAACGGUACCUACACUUCAAUCGAGCGGCUUCCGGCAUGGCAACGAAUUUCAAGGUCCUCAAUGGCCAUUAUGGAUGGUUCCCUCAAGGUUCUCCAUACGCCCAAUACGGCUCUACCCUGCCGGUCGUUGCUCCAGAGCACAUGCACACAUUCCAAGCUGCUGCAAUGCAAACUACCACCGACAUGGGCACGCUGCUAGAUGGCGAGAGCCUGUCGAGGCUGUCGCGCUCCACAAGCUUGGACAUCGCAAGCAACCAAGACCUGGGUCCUGGUGACUCGGCCUCUCAGGUAGGUACCAAGCGUGAGUCCUUCCAUACCGCUUCUACUAUUUCAGACAAGGCAGACUCGGCUUUGAGCUUGGGUGUCGAUGCUGAUGGCAAGAUCGACUGGGUUGAUGAGCCGGAAAAGUCGAUUCAGGUCGAAAACCACGACUUGGAGCAAGAGGAGCACAUUGAGCUCCCAGAGCGGCGUCGCUCGAUCCCAUGA